AUGAAAAGACAAGUCUCGGGACUCGUGGGAAGUUUGCGAAGAAGCAGACACUUGGAUUAUGGUAAAUUGAAAUACAUCGCUGAUAAACUUGAUCCAACAGAAUGUCUCUAUCUUAUUGUCUAUUUGACAAAACGAGAUGUUCAUCGAGUAUUACGACAACAACUCGGAAACGAGAAUUUCACGGGAAAUUGGGACGAAAUAUCGAAUUCACAUUGUUUGAAAAGUCUUGUCAAUUGGAACAAGAGAAUACCUGAGUCGUUGUCUCGAAACUUGUUAAAAAAGGCUCUUUAUAAAUUAGGAAAAUUGGAUCUCGUUGCACAUUUCAAUGAAAGAUUGUCGUCUCCAAGUUCUGUAAGAAAAAUAAAACAAAAUGAAUUUCAUAGAAAUGUCAACUCCAGGAGAAAUUCUAAUAAGAAUAAAGAAGCUGAAAUCAUCAAAUACAGUGAUAGCAAUUUAAUUAUUUAUAUGGUUGCUGGAAGUCUAAUAAUUUUAAUAUUUUUUGGAUUUUUGAUGCUAGCUGUUUACAUUCGAGCGAUUCAUUCUAAUUUCUAUAUAAGGAAUUUUGAAUUUAGAGACAAAAAUAGUAAUAAUUGUUGUCAAAAUGAAGUUUGUGACGGAGUGAAAUUAAACAUUGAUUCAUCCGAGAUUGAAAGUGAAGAUUCUCCAAUGCAAUCGAUGGAUAUUAAACAAAUAAAAAAUACAGAAAAACAAAAGACGAGUAAUUGUCAUAAGUAUUCUAAAAAAAGAAUGAAAUUAUUAUCAUCUCUUUUAAAGAUAAAAAAAUUAUUUACUCAUAAUAAAAAUGAAGAAAAAAAAAGACAAAGUAGAGACAAAAAUAAGAAAGUUUGUGUGACAAAAGAAAUUAAAAGGAAAGCGAGAAAAUGUAAAGAGAAAAUAAAAUCACAAAAUUCAGACGCAAAGAAAGUCGCUUUCCACAAAUUCAAUGAAAUUUGCAUUUGUGAAAUGUGUCAACUAUUUAAUAUUGGAGAAGAUAAAUUUGCUGAAAUUCGGGGAGUAGAUUAUAUUCGAUCACGCGAAAGACUGAGAAGAAAAAUUAGAAAGAAGUGUAAAGAAAAUACUGAGAGGUAAAAAAAUAUAAUUUUCUUUUUUAUAAAACAUUUCCGGUCAAAUUGUAAUGCAGCUUAUAAACUUUAAUAAAAAUGUUUGUAAUUAAUUAAUAAUUUUUUAUUAAUCUAAAUUA